CCCAGCGACUAGUCCGUAAAUGAUGUUAUUGGCAAAAGCUGUGCUGGUGUGCUGUUUCACGAUUUUCGCCGAACUCAGCUUGAUUGAAGCUAUUCAAGAUAACGAAUUCAUCAACGAUUUGCUAGAGGAGCGUAGGCAUUACGAGGCGGCUCAGAAAUCAAUUGCCGAGUGGAGAAGCACGCUAACCAGAAACAGGAAAAAACGAGCUGACAAAGUUGUCUGCUAUGGAGAACUUGGAUGUUUCGAGGAAACUGCGUAUCUGGAAAUGCUUCCAUCGCCACCGGAGGAAAUCGACACGAAAUUUUUCGUGUAUUCAGCCAAGCACAGGAGUGAGAAACCCAUUCUGGAGUUUUUCUAUGAUGAGAUAGCGAAAACCACUAACGGUACGUCGACGCCACCGCCGCCGCCGCAACCACUGCCAAAAUCAUCAUCGGCAUCUUCGAAGGCAAGCAAUGGAACCACCCCGGUCAAGCAUCGUUAUGCGCCUCAGAAAAUUUAUGAGAAAUUCGGUAACUUAGAGAACGUUACAGCGCGGGCCAUCAUUCAUGGCUUCGGGUCGAGCUGUACGCACGUAUGGGUGUACGAGAUGAGGACAGCACUCAUGGCAGUGGAAGAUUGCAUUGUUCUUUGCAUGGACUGGGAAAAUGGUGCCACACUGCCAAACUACGUACGAGCGGCGGCCAACACACGUCUUGUCGGAAGGCAACUAGCAUAUCUAUUAAAGGGACUUGAAAAACACAAUAAACUUAACAUGUCUCGAGUUCAUUUGAUCGGUUUCAGUUUAGGUUCACACGUAGCCGGAUUUGCCGGAAUGGAACUAAAAGGUUUACAGCGAAUCACCGGUCUUGACCCUGCAGGGCCAUUAUUUGAGUCACAACACCCACAUGCUCGGCUAGAUGAUACCGAUGCUGGUUUUGUGGAUGUGAUCCAUUCCAAUGGAGAAAAUUUAAUUCUCGGUGGUUUAGGUUCAUGGCAACCGAUGGGUACGGUUGAUUUCUAUCCAAACGGAGGACGCGUUCAGCAUGGCUGUUCGAAUCUAUUCGUAGGCGCUGUAACCGACAUUAUCUGGGCUCCACCAGCUUCAGUGGAAGGACGCUCGCUAUGCAACCAUCGAAGAGCUUAUAAAUUUUUCAUCGACUCCGUGGCACCAAAGUGCCUCUUUCCUGCAUUUCCCUGUGAUAAUUAUGAAAAUUUCCUGAAAGGAGACUGUUUCACAUGCAACCAAGUGGACAACGGAACGGAAACGUCCGUCUGCGGUAACAUGGGAUACUAUGCGGAUCGAUCAGUUGGUCAAGGUCAGCUGUAUUUGAAAACACGUGAAGAAGAACCGUUCUGUGCGCAUCAGUAUAAACUGCAAAUCCUGAGCUCACCCAAUGAGCUACCUCUAAGGACGCUCGGUAGACUAGAAAUCGAGCUGGAAAGUGACGGUGGUCUGACGGAGGUGUUCACAAUUACUGAGAAAGACGAUGCAGAAAUAUUUGCCGGUGAAAUGAUUUCGCAAAUUCUCGUGCCUCAUCCUGCCUUAGGCUUUCCAAAGAAUAUUACGUUGACCUAUACAACAUACAAAGGAUGGCUUACGCGAGGUUUAUCGUCAUGGAGUAUCAACAAAAUCAUUCUGAGCGAUGGAUUUGGGAAGAGUUUCUCAUUGUGUAAGCAAAUGCACUUAGAUUCGAACUCUCCGCUUCAUAUGACAUUGAUGCCUGGAGAAUGUGAAGAAGAAGAUGACUACGUUCACCAAUCAACAGACGAUGAUCAAUCAACAGAUGCACCAGAGGAUAGUGAUGAAGGUGAUGAGUAUGAUGAUGCAUCCAAAGGACACAGCAACGAAAGAAAUGAUGUCAAUCCCCAUGCAUAUCCUUCACACACCUUCCGAGGUAAAGGGCCACACAUUGACCACGAUAAAAACUUAGACACGCAACCGUGGCAGCCAAUUGUUAUUGAUCUGCCGAGAAGUUAUCGUAAUACUGAUACGAAUAGCUCAUAUCCCGUUUAUAUUACUCCGUCUACAACUAUCCCUACCACGACCACACUGGAAGCGAUAAGUGAACCAAUUUUGAAACGUGGUCAACACGAAGCAAGGAAGUUAAAAAAUAAAAGCAAUGAUCGUAGCAGUGACAAGCGUUCCAUUGAAACGCCUCCCAGCAAGGAGUCAUCUGCACCACCACCGCUUCCAAUCUCCACCGUGGAGAGUAAAAUGAUUACCGUACAACUGUUUCCCUACCGAUUUGCGAACGUUUUUGAAAAAGCUGAAAGAUAUGCAAGACUGACCUUAUUGCCAUUACUGACGGAACAAUUUCCACAGUUUUUUAAAACCAAGUCAAAUGACGAUGAAACGUCCGAGUUAGAAUACGUAGAGUUCAAUCAAACAGAACCAAUUCCAACCAUUUACAAAACCAAUAAAACGGACAAACCGAUUGCUAUUGAUAGGCGGUCUGAUUCUCUAGUAGCCGCAGCUAGCGAAUCAUUUGGAGAACAAAGAAAUUUUAAUGGUGGAGAUAAAAUUGAUGUCCUACCGCCCAGCACACGCAAAGCUUUUAUCAGCGAAGAUGCUCUAUUCCAAAUGCACCGAAUAGAGGAAACAAGCGGAGCUGAGGAUUCUUCCAGUGUCGACGACGAAACCCGGGAGGAUAUCAUUCGAAUCGACUUGCCAACAUUCAAACCUCACAAGUCGAAGAUGAUGACGCUUGCUGAACCACAGCAGUCGAGAUUCAUCCCGCUCAACUACAAGGAGGAGAACGGUGAGGGGCUAAUGACUAGCACAAGCAAUGUGAUGGGUGAUAUAAAACCAAACGAUAGCAAAAGCUGAGGGAGAGAGAAAAAUAUGACAGUAUUUAAUUAUAUGUAAUUAGUGAUAAGAGUUAAACUAUGAUUUAAUUAUU